GUGCAGUCUAUACCCGCCAGUCCGACUGCUUCAAGCCUUCAACGAGAACUCGGUAAUUGCUAAGUUGCACCGCCGCCUUUUCAACAGCGGCUACUUUGGACGGCUGAAGAGGAAAGAGACUCAAGGACAAGAAAGAUGGCGAAGGACGCGCAAGACGUGUGGACACUGAAGGAGAAGGAGGUCGCCAUAUUUACGAAGCUCUUGAUGCUGCCACCGCGACACGUGCUGGAGUAUGGCUGGCCGUCGUCAAAAUGGCUGGAGAAACAGGAAUUCAAGAUAGAGAACGGAUUCGAGGGCGAGAAGGGCGGCUGGUACCGCCUGCCGAAGCGCCUGGAGCGAGACAUGUCGACCAUCCGACAGAUGCGGGUCCUCCUAGCCGAGGCCACGGGCUUCCAGAAGCACAAGGUGCUGCCGCCGCGGGUCGAUGUCUGUUGGGUCCAUCGAAGGCUCUCGCCCUAUGUCAUCCACGAGGUCUUUGAGUGCCUGGCGGAGGAGGUGACGUUCAAGACGGACGUGGUCCGCAGGAAUCGCGGCGUCGAGCAGACGGCGGCGCUAUCCGAGUUUGUGGACCGCAUGACGGGCAUCAACAGCCUCUGGUUGAGCGAGGAAGAGUUUGAUGAGACUUUCUGCGAACACCCCGAGGGAGAACAUGGGGCCGAGUCUUUAUCCGAGGCCAACCGGUUCCUGCCGCUGCUCAAUGCCAUCCCGAGGAGGACACGGGACAAGCAGGGGCGCAGAGACCGCAGCAAGCCACGAUCUCGGCGCAGCUGCGAAGCCUGCGUGCUCGCCUUUGUUGGUGCGCGGGGGAGGUUGCUGUCGGACCUGCGAGGCCACCUGUUGGCGCGAUCUCGGGUCGACAAGAAGAAGCCUAGAUUGCUACGCUUUGUCGAUGCUUGGAUACACCACUCUGGCAGCACACGUGCAAAAGAGCUGAUCCUCGAGAGCGGAGACCUGGCGGAUCAAAUCGAAGCCGUCUUGCGCCGCGAUGGGGACGAGCAACGCCGGAUUCGGCGAAGCAAAAAGGCACGCAAGUCCAAGGGCCGGUCGGGUCAGGGGAAUUCAGCAGUAACCACGGAUAGCGAAAACAAUGGGCUGAUUGGACCGGAGCUCGCCGACUCGGGCGUCAGGCCACAUUGGCUGACAGAGAGCCGUGUGUCCAGGAAGUCUACUACAAGACCGCAAAGAAAUCGAGAGUUUAGGAAUGGCUUUGCGGACGAUUCAUUUGACAAACAUUACCCCCAGAGGGUUGACGGCUAUGACUGUCGUCAAUACGUACCUACAGCCCCCGUUGUGUCGGACCCCAUCGUCGGUGGUGACUACUAUGCCAACCCUUAUGGCUACAGUCACCAGGGGUACGCCGGCCAAAGCGAAGAUGAACCUGCCUUCAGCGAUGAUGACUACGACGGACAGUACACUCAGAUAGGAGAGAACAGGCGCGCCGGUAAAGCUAGCAGCAGGAUACAGUCGGCUGUCCCUGCUGCUGGGAGAAGGGAAUCUGUCAUUGCGUCCGUCACACAUCUGGAUAUCGCCUCGAUCCGCCAGCCCGAGGAACACGACGAUGUCAAACUGGACGAGAACCAGCAAUAUGUUGGUCCGCGAUCGCACUGGCGUCUACCGAAUAAGAAGGAGGAGGAGGAGGCCGCUGCCGAUGAAGAGAUGGAGCACGACGAGACUUGGGACGUCCAGACAAGACUGCGAGAGUGGAGCUCUCGGCGUCAACUACGCCCAGAGACUGCCGUGCCAUCUGACAACAAGCCGACGUUGGUAUCUCAAACAAACUCUGGUGCUGAUGAUCACAAAUCCACUUCAGCAAGCCACAAGGGGGUAUAUGAACCCUCCUCAAACAGGACCAUGACGAACCUGAGCGCCAUCGUGCCACCUCUCAAGCUGCGGGGCACCGGCGCUGCUGCUGAACUGGACGAGGACGACGGAUACGAGUCGGACUCGUGGCGAUCUGCGUCCGUCAUGACCUGGGCCCAGAGCAGCCAGCAACCAGCAGCAUCGACAGACGUGCCACCCGUGCCUAGGAUACCGUCCCAAUAUAAGGAGAGGCGCCAUUCGAGGUCGCAGCACAGCGUCAUCCGCAGCAGCUUCUACCAGCAACAGAGCGCGUCUUCGAUAUACUCGGAUAACGACACGGCAUCCACGGCUUCUUCGGUCACGGUCUACACACGCAUCGACAACAACAACAACAACAACAAAUCGGACUCGACGCAUCUGCCCAUCCCUUUCAGAGACCCAUUUGCCUCAGCCCAACAGAGCAGCGGCCGCGCCAUGUCCAUGGUGUCGAGGUCUCGGUGAGAACCCCAGUUCCGCCGAGGGCUGGCGACCAUCGUGACAGGCGCUCAGCCAAAGCAACCAUGUAAGUACCGGUACAUUUGAUCAUGUGCGCAAGACAUGCGCGUUGCCAUUGAGGUAUGUUGUGAUUGUUGAAUUACAUGUUAGGUAUUCCUACUUUGAUAAUUUGGAUCAAGUCCUUAUUCUUGUUUCUCUCACACUGUGCACCCGCGAAAGCACUGUGGUCCCACUCGUGGGGUGUUGUUUGCUGGUCAUGUCUAGGGAG